UCAGGACCGUGCAGCAUUGAGGAAACAGUCGCCUGUUUUCCUUAAAUUUGUAUUUCCGAUAAAAAGAACUUCCGUAAGGUCUUCGCAUUCUCUAAAAAGCAAUACAGUGAUAUCUACAGUAGAAGAGUUGGAAGAAUUUGGACAUUAUUAUUUGUUGACGCUAAUUAGCUACUUCGCUAGCUAGUUUAGUUUAGUAACCUGCCACUGAGUGUAGGGCUGUGGAAAUAAGACUUGGCGUUAGCAAUGGUAAAACGCACACUGCGCACUUGUGGGAUUAUAUUUUUUCUGUGUUUGCUGUUCGGAGACUUUGUGUAUGGAUGGUUUCACAACAGCAACAAGAACAUUCAAGACAAAACACAACAACAACACAAACGCGUCAGUAAGGUGACACCGGACAGUGCGGACCAGAGCUGUUUUUGUCACUUGACAGGUGUUUUGGACGACUGCUUCUGCGACAUCGAGAGCAUUGAUGUCUUCAACAACUUCAAAAUUUUUCCUCUCAUACGCAAGCUCAUUGAAAGAGACUUCUUUAGAUACUACAGGGUGAACCUGAAGCGUCCGUGUCCGUUCUGGCCUGACGACGGCCACUGCUCGAUCAAGGACUGCCACGUGGAGCCCUGCCCGGAGAGUAAGAUCCCUGUGGGAAUUAAAUCAGGCAACUAUAAUAAGUACUCUCUCGCUGCGAACACUAUCAGCGACAUUAAGGAAUGUGAACAGGCCCAUGAGCUGGGUGCCAUUAACAGUACACUGAGUAAUCAAAGUAAAGAGGCGUUUGAGGACUGGGCUCACCAUGACGAUGCCCAGGAUCACUUCUGUGGCCUGGAUGACGAGACAUCUCCCGAAGCCGAGUAUGUGGAUCUACGGUUGAAUCCCGAACGCUACACCGGAUAUAAAGGACCUUCUGCGUGGAGAGUGUGGAACAGCAUCUACGAGGAGAACUGCUUCAAGCCGAGGUCAGUGUAUCGGCCUCUUAACCCCUUGGCUCCAAGUCGUGGUGAUGAUGAUGGUGAAGGCUUUUACAACUGGCUGGAAGGAUUGUGUCUGGAGAAGAGAGUGUUCUACCGGCUUAUUUCUGGCCUCCACAGCAGCAUAAAUCUCCACCUGUCUGCUGAAUACCUCUUGGAUGAGGGCUGGGGGAAGGCAGUGUGGGGACCCAACGUGCACGAGUUUCGCCGGAGAUUUGACUCUGCCGAGACCAAGGGCGAGGGAACACGCAGGCUGAAAAACCUUUACUUCCUGUACCUGAUCGAGCUGAGAGCACUGUCCAAAGUGGCACCGUAUUUCGAGCGCUCGUUCAUUAACCUGUACACAGGCAACACACAGGAAGACUCGGAUACCAAAGAGCUACUGCUGCAGAUCUUCAACGAGACCAAAGCUUUCCCCAUGCACUUUGAUGAGAGCUCCAUGUUUGCAGGCCACAAAAUGGAAGCCAAAAGGUUAAAGGAAGAGUUCAGGCUCCAUUUUAAGAACAUUUCUCGUAUAAUGGACUGCGUGGGCUGCAGUAAAUGUCGACUGUGGGGGAAGUUACAGACCCAAGGCCUGGGCACCGCCCUCAGAAUCCUCUUUUCUGAGAAAGAGAUCAAAAAUCUUCCAGAAAACAGUCCCUCCAAAGGCUUCCAGCUCACACGCCAGGAGACUGUAGCUUUGCUCAAUGGCUUUGGGAGACUCUCCACCAGUAUAAAAGAGCUGCACAACUUCAGAACGCUUCUAAACGACCAGAGGUAACACACACCCAGGCCACCAGGUGGUGCUAACCCAGAGGACUCUGCAAUAGUUUCAUCCUCCUCAGAAGGAGGCCUUUAUCAGGGACUUUAGAAUUGAAUGUGGCAAACAGGACCCCCCACCCCCCAAUGCUGUCCAAAUCCCUAUGCUCUGUUCUGCUGUUCUCUGCUGCCCGGCUAACAGGAAACAAAAUACUGCAGGUCACAGUGCGACAAACCGCCAGCUUCUGAAGGAAACAGGAAAUAGAGGCAGGACCAGAGUGCACACACCACAUGUUUCCCAGUCCGUGAUCCAGACUUCAUAGCUCUUUCUCUAUGGGUCCACAAAAAGUGGUUGCCCACCCCCGCUUUUUCUGUGUGUGUGUGUGUGUGUGUGUGUGUGUGUGUGUAUGUGUAUGUGUGUGAGGGAAAGAGAGAGCAGGAAUAUAAUAUGUUUAUGUGUCAGUGAGGGCGUUCACACAUAGGAGGUCAUUCUAGUGAACCGUACAUAUGUCUUCUUGGAACUAUGACUAUUUUCUUAAAUAUUUUUAUGUCUUUAAAACCUCAAGAUGCAAUUUAGCAUAAAUUAUAAAUUGGCUUUCAUAUUAACAUGUAAUGCUGCCAGAUCGCACCUGGGAAAAUAGGACAUGUAUAGGAAUAAUAGGAAUAAUAGGAUAUGUAGCAAAUGUUACAAUUCUGAGUAACUCAUAACAAGCAAUAUAGUUCCAGUCUAGGAUGUCUUUAAAUUGUGUGCAGUGACAAUAAAUAUUUCUAGAAUGAUUGAACUUCAGUAUUAAUGUUAAAUACUCAACUGCUUGGUUUGCAAUCCAAAGCCUUUCUAAAAAAAAGUGUCUCGUUUUAUUUUUCGGACAUUUCCUCUUUCGACUGUCAUGCCAUGUUUCAUAUGUCAGUUAUGUGAAUGCUUUAUAUGUUUAUUUUUAACUUUACGAGACUCAUUAAAUUUAUAGGAAUCUGUGUGUGUGUGUGUGUGUGUGUGUGUGUGUGUGUGUGUGUGUGUGUGUGAGAGAGAGAGAGAGAGAGAGAGAGAGAGAGAGAGAGAAUAUUUCCUUCUUUGUUAUAGUUGGGUUUGGACCAAACAUUUUUCCCUUUAUUGGUUCUCUUGUGGUGUCAGACCAUUUUAAGUGUGUAAGUGGAAGUUGGCAUAUAUUCUUUUCUGUACACAUACACACAAUCCAGUCAGCUGAAGAAUUGUAGUCACCCUUCAUGAAAAUUCAACAAGAAUUAAAGUAUGGAGAAAAACCAACAUGCAUGUCAUUUCGAUAAUCAUAUUGGAGCGUUGUAUGCUGUUGUCAUUUUAACACAAAUCCUUUUCAAGCACAAAACAUGUAUUAAGAAGGUCAGCAAAAAAUUGUUUUGCAAAACAUAGAUUUGGAAAAUGUCACCCCUACAGGGGGCACGAGUGCUUAGUGUUCUGCACAUUUGCCCCACACCUCCAGGGUUGGGGGUUUGAAUCCUGCCUCUGCCAUGUGUGCAUGGGGUUUGCAUGUUCUCCCCGUGCUUCGGGGGGUUACUCCGGGUACUCUGGUUUCCUCCCUCAGUCCAAAGACAUGUUUUGUAGGCUGAUUGACAUUUCCGAAUUUUCCAUACUAUGUUAAUGGGUGUUCAGUUGUGCCCUGCAAUAUGGGUUGGCAGCCCAUCCAGGGUGUCCCCCGUUUUUUGCCCAGUGUUCCCGUGGAUAUCCUCCAGGCUCACCGCGAUCAUCUGUAGGAUAAGCAGUAUGGAAAAUGGAUGGAUGGGCACCCCUACAGUUAAUAUUCGCUGAAGUUUCAGAAAGUUUGAAAGACACAGAAUUUUAUGACGCACCAUGUGGUUUGCCUUUUUAAAAAAUAUAUAUAUAUUUAUUUUUUAUUUAGAGACUGCAUGUCAAUCACAGUGUCACUAGCCAAUCAUGGACAUGUGUGAGCUCAUGUCCGCGGAAGACGGUAGAUGGUGCUUUAUUUUAUUUUAUUAUUUUUAUUUGAUUUCACUUAAUUACAUUUCAUUUAAUUUAAUUUUACCUCAUCUCUAAGAAAUAUAUUAACAAUAAUGAAAGCAAAGAAGUUCCCCAAAAUGAGUAAGCAUAACUAUGUUUAGCUUCUACAAUCAAUUUGACUACUUUUCCUGAAGGGUGAUAAAACCGCUUGAGUUCUUUGUUUUUAUAAUGCAUUGCCAGUUUAUUGGGUGUGCCUACUAAGUAUAUCAGUACUGAUCUAUUGUCGUGUGUCAUCCCCUCGUGCCCUGUCCAUCAGUGCAAUGGGAGCACCAUAGUACUGCCUCUAACCAUAUUAUUUGGUUGGGGGUCCAUUACAGCCAAUAAUAUUAAUGUAGAUGCAAGGUAUGUCUAAUAUACUGGCAGCUUAUUCAGUGUAUAUUCAUUUUUGCUCAUUCUUAUGAAGGGUGCCAAUAAUACUUGAGUUGACUCUACACAGAACGCUGGUCUAUGAUGUUCAUGUGGGGAGAUCAGUGACUAAGGGCAGCUACGUGUUUGUGUGUGUAGCGUUGCAUGAUUUAUAGAGCACCACAGUGUCCUGUGUGUUCCACUUGUCUGCCUUAACGUUACAAAAUAUCAUUUGUAAUGCAGCUCACGUGCAGAAAACCUCUCUACUAAACAGAUUGUGUCUUUAAAGUUUGCUCUGUUCCUACAUUUUCUAAUUUAUUUUUCAAUCCUUGUGAUCCUUGCUAAAACUGAUUCAUUUUCUGCUACAGUGAUUUCUGCCUCCUGUGCUUUAAAUGAGCAAUACCAGCGAUUUUUUAUUAUUAUUAUUAUUGAAAUGGUUAAGAAAUGAUAAUAAAUAUCAUAUUAAGAAAGGAAAUACUCUGAGUUCAGAUGGAGGAAAAGGCUUUCGCAGUACUGAUGAUCAGACUCCUUCAGAAUGAGUGAGUGGUGUGUGAUCUGAUAUGAUUGUUUUUCUUUCUUUUCAGUCCUGAUUUUGCACCAUUUGUAAAAGAAGGAGUUUUUCCCCAGCUCUAUUCACUGUCUGUGUGCAUUACAAUGGAUCAUUUGUUUAUUUGUGAACUUGUCAAAUCUAUUUAUUUAAAAGGAGAAAUAAAUGUCUGCCAUUGGA